CGCGAGAACCUGGCGCUCAGCGCCAGUGAGGACCCGGAGUUUCUCUACCCAGUAAUGGGCAAUGUGUGGUUUGGGGCUGGUUUGCGCGUUUUUUCUUUGUGUACUUACCUGCUCGUACCCCGGGGGCUUUGAUGGACGCUUAAAUACUAAGAUUCCUUGUGGGAAGAGGGAGAAGAGGUGGAAAUGUACAUCCUGCACCUGCACUUUUAAGGGGAGUAGAACGGGCCAGAAGACGGGAGUCCCUAGGGCUCGUGGAACGCGGGAGAACAACUUCCUGACUGGGGCGUGGGAGCCACCCCUGCGAUGCAUCGUAUCUACUGCAAUCACGAUCACUUCUGGACAAUUUAAAGCCUCUUCUCCGAGGUGGAAAACUGGGAUGUAAAAAGGUCCCAACUGGGGUCGCACGCAAGCACUAAUGUAGUUGAGCUCGUCCCCACCCCCGCCUCCCACACUGAAAGAUCCUGCGGGAAAUUGGCCACACUAUAGUCAGACUCCGAAUGCGCAUGAGAAAAACGAGCGGGGAACAGCGGGGCCUCAAUCUGCUCCCCAAGGAUUUUAAUUCAGAGGGAGAAUGCAAGGUUUCCCCGAGAGUCUGAUCGAGAAAGGGCGUUUUAAAGCACUUGGCCAAGCUGUGGAUUCAUUCUUUUGUCUCAUGCAGACGAUCCACACCUCCGCCUGGGGCCUUCCUAUAGCUAAGAGGGUAACUGGACAGUUUCUUUAGUAAUUUUGGCCCGGCCCUGCCCUGCCCUUGCCUUCUUUUAUUUCGAACCCUGUUCCCUUUUUCCUCUGGGACGUGUGUAUGCGUGUUUUCGGGUAUUUUCGGACGUCAUUGCGGAGUCUGUUCCUCAGUACCUUUACUUACUUACUGUCCUCCCCAGAUCAGUUCAAAUUGUGUGAGCCUGUCUUCUCUUAAUCUUUUUGCAGUCUACCUGAGUCUACCCCUCCCCCCCGCGCGCGCGCGCACAUAAACAUGGACAGAGAUAUUGUGAACUGAAAGAGAAUUGUGUCACUAGAGGGAGGUGUGGGACAGAAAUGGAGGGGAGGGGGGGGAAGAGAGCAGGGUUGGGGUGGGUGGCCCCGCAGUAGCUCAAGGAGGAGCUGGGGGACAUAGGGAGGCUGAGACUUCUGAGCUGAACUGUGCUCGUCCUACUACUACCCACCCCGGAUGUCCUGCGAGCCCGGGGCGGUGCCUCCACAUUCCCAGGGAGCUGCCUAGGUACCCCAGCUGCCCGGUGGCUGUCACUGGUGGAGCAGGGAAGGAGAGGUGAAGCCGGGCAGAAGAGCCGAGCUUCCCACUCCUCCAGCGCUCCUUAGCGCACGCCCACCCACUGGAGUAUAGAGACAGAGGCUAUUGACAGCUGCAACUGGACUGGAGUUCUCUCCUUCGGGCUUCUCUUCUUUCCCCUACCCCCUCCCCACUCCACUCCACCCCCUCUCCACCCUGGUACUCCUUCCUCUCUGCCUUUAUUCCUUCUAGUUCCCUGUUUUCGUUACUGCUUGCCUCCUGCCCUUGGCUGGCUGAGUUUUUUCUCUCCAACCCGCCCUCUCCCAUUUCCAUCCUCACCCCCACUCAACCCCGCAGUCCAAAUUCCUGGCACCUCUUCUAUAAUACUUCCCCCCCCCCCCCCUCCAAUUGAGGAGUGGGGGUGGGAGAAAGGGAGGGUGGAGCGUCCAGAGCCGGAGAAGAAAAAGAAGGAAGGAGAAGGAUUGUACGAUUGUGAAGAGGGGACCCUACCCCACCCUUUCUUCCCAUUACACCCUUUCUACCUUCUCUCCCUUUACCCCGCCUCAGUCCCAAUCCAGCCACUUUCGGACUAGAAAAGUGAAGGAAGACGACUCGGGGGCCCAGUCCCAGGCAAACAGCACAGCCCGUCCCGUCUUAUCUUCCUCCCUCUUCGACAGGAGGCAGCACCGACAGACCUAUGAUGGCUUCAACGACAACCUGCACCAGGUUCACCGACGAGUAUCAGCUUUUCGAGGAGCUUGGAAAGGGGGCAUUCUCAGUGGUGAGAAGAUGCAUGAAAAUUCCUACAGGACAAGAAUAUGCUGCCAAAAUUAUCAACACCAAAAAGCUUUCUGCUAGGGAUCACCAGAAACUGGAAAGGGAGGCUAGAAUCUGCCGUCUUUUGAAGCACCCUAAUAUUGUACGACUUCAUGACAGCAUAUCUGAAGAAGGAUUCCAUUACUUAGUCUUUGAUUUAGUCACAGGUGGUGAGCUCUUUGAGGACAUAGUGGCAAGAGAAUAUUACAGUGAAGCAGAUGCCAGUCAUUGUAUACAGCAGAUUCUAGAAAGCGUAAAUCACUGUCACCUAAAUGGCAUAGUUCACAGGGAUCUGAAGCCUGAGAACUUGCUAUUGGCUAGCAAAUCCAAGGGAGCAGCUGUGAAACUGGCGGACUUUGGCUUGGCUAUAGAGGUGCAAGGAGAUCAGCAGGCAUGGUUUGGCUUUGCUGGAACACCUGGAUACCUUUCCCCAGAAGUGUUACGAAAAGAUCCUUAUGGCAAGCCAGUGGAUAUGUGGGCAUGUGGUGUCAUUCUUUAUAUUCUCCUGGUGGGGUACCCUCCUUUCUGGGAUGAAGACCAACAUAGACUCUACCAGCAGAUCAAAGCUGGAGCAUAUGACUUUCCAUCACCAGAGUGGGAUACUGUGACUCCUGAAGCCAAAGACCUUAUCAAUAAAAUGCUUACUAUCAAUCCUGCCAAACGCAUCACCGCAUCUGAGGCACUGAAACAUCCAUGGAUCUGUCAACGUUCUACUGUUGCUUCUAUGAUGCACAGACAGGAAACUGUAGAUUGCUUGAAGAAAUUCAAUGCCAGAAGAAAGCUGAAGGGUGCUAUUCUCACAACUAUGCUGGCUACAAGAAAUUUUUCAGCAGCCAAAAGUUUGUUGAAGAAAGCAGAUGGAGUAAAGAUCAACAGCAAAACCAACGUGGUAACCAGCCCCAAAGAAAAUAUUCCUACCCCAGCGCUGGAGCCCCAAACUACCGUAAUCCACAACCCUGAUGGAAACAAGGAGUCUACUGAGAGUUCCAAUACAACCAUUGAGGAUGAAGAUGUGAAAGCUCGUAAGCAAGAGAUUAUCAAAGUCACUGAGCAACUUAUUGAAGCAAUCAACAAUGGGGACUUUGAAGCUUAUACAAAAAUAUGUGACCCAGGUCUCACUGCCUUUGAACCUGAAGCUUUGGGUAAUUUAGUGGAAGGAAUGGACUUUCAUCGAUUCUACUUUGAAAAUGCUUUGUCCAAAAGCAAUAAGCCAGUCCAUACCAUCAUCUUGAAUCCCCAUGUUCAUCUGGUAGGUGAUGAUGCUGCCUGCAUAGCAUACAUCAGGCUCACACAAUAUAUGGAUGGCAGUGGGAUGCCAAAGACUAUGCAGUCAGAAGAGACACGAGUCUGGCACCGUCGUGAUGGAAAGUGGCAAAAUGUUCAUUUUCACCGAUCGGGUUCACCAACAGUUCCCAUCAACUAAAAAUGAACAAUGCUACUUCUGCAUUCUCUGUUUUCAAGGCACCUGGAUGGUAACCACCCAGGUGGGCUUGUGUUCCUCUUCAUGCAUGUUUCCAAAUGCAUGAAGCUUUGAUGGUCAUAUCUGUAACAAUGCCUUUGUGAUAUCUGUAACAAUGAUAUUUGUGAUCAUUUUAUCAUAAUAUUCCAUCUCAAUGUUUUGUUUGCAUUCUAUUGAAGGAGAUGUUCCAUGCAAAUUAAAACCAAUGUCAGCAAACAAGGGGAGGGAGGGUGAGGGAAGAGAGAGAAAACACCACAACCACAUGAUCCAAGCAAACUGCAAGCAUCAUUUUUCUGUUUAUGCCAAUUUCUAAAAGCCUUCAGGGUUGUCAUUCUCGAAGUGAUAGUUUGUAAAAGAAAUAUUCAUCAAAAAAAUCUAUGCCAUAUCUAUUUAUUUCAGUUUAAGAAAAAUUAAAAACAAAAAAUUAAAUUUUCUAUUGUGGUCAUCGUUGAAAUGAAUGUUAUUUUUGUCAGUGGCUUUGGAUUGUGACACCUAUAUGGACAAAAUCAGUGAUGAAUGUGGAAACAAAAAUGUGCUGGCUGAGUAUCAUCCCAAGCCAUCUUAGUUCUUGAUCAAGCUGUGUAAACUGGAAAAGCUCAACUCACUGACUUGAUCUUUCUAGGAAAUGCUUCUCCUCUUCUACUUAAUGAGCUUUGUUUUUGCUUCUUCCUCAAGUCUAUACCCUCCAAUCUCAUUUCCUCUAGGCUAAGAAUUUGUAGUUAGUGAGAAAAAAUCUAAAGGCACCAUGAGGAAAAAAUAGGGAUUUAGUGAAAGAGAGAAAAUGCAGAGAACUUUUGAGUACUUUCAGGGUGUACAGAAUUUUAUUAGAGAAUCUUAGAUUUUUUAACAGUAGUUAUACUUUUGAUUGGGCUUAGAUGUUCUAAAUCUUUUAGAAAAAAAUUAUAUAUAUACACACACGUGUGUGUGUUGUGUGUGUGUGUAUAUAUAUAUAU